AUUGUAUGUACGAGAAACAAGUGAACAUUUGGAUUUGCUAGCCAGUGUGAAACCAGCGUCCGUUUUUAUAAAUGCGUUUUAUAGAAACACGAUGCAUGGAUUAAACUGUUUGAUUUUCGCCAUUUUGGUGAAGUUUAGCUUUUCUCACGUUAUAUUUCCAGAUGUUCUUGAAAAGGCUAUACAGAGUUUACGUUCUAAGAGGGACGCAUCAUGUGGUGAAGAAAUUGAUUUAGAACUAACGGGCGGCGUAGCUGAAAUUCAGCUCCGGACGGAAUUAUUCAACGAUACAGAAUUCUACAGAGUACAUGAAGACUGUACAUGGACGGUAAAGACAGCUGAAGAUCAUUUCAUGAUCUUAAAAUCCGACUACUUCAGCGUCGAAGAGAGCGAGAACUGUAUCUGGGACUAUGUUGAGAUUACAGAAAAGGGCGUUGAUGGGACAACAAGCAAAUACUGUGGUUGGGACCCAUUAACAUAUAUCACAUUUGGGAGCGAAAUUCAACUACAGUUCAAGUCGGAUGAGUCAUAUGAAGACAAGGGUUUCAAAUUCAUCAUCGAGUCGAGUAAAAGAGGUGGGGAUGACUCUAAGUGCAUUGGCAGUAUAUUGGGUGGUGAAGAUUCAAGAAUAAUGAAUAAAGAGGAUUUAGGAGAGGAUUGUUUUUACAGAAUACAGGCACCCGGGGACAAAGUUAUAACUUUGGAACUAAGAAUGCUAGACUUUGGCUCGGCUAGUUGUGAGGAGGAAAGUAUAAUCAUUUAUGAAGGUCACAGUACACAAGGAACACCCCUCGGUACAAUAUGUAGUGACACUGUUCCGGGAAAUCUGCCUUAUCAUGCAAGUUCAAUGUUUAUUGAGUAUAGAAAUCCUCUUCAACAAGAAGGUGAACGUUUUACAAUUGAUUAUAUGUUUGUCGAGGACAACUUUACUCCAGCACCUGUACCAUCAACAACCCCAUCUCCAGUUGGUGGAAAUAAUGACUGUAGUCGAAUGUACAAAGGAAUCGAUACAUACAGCGGCAUUUUGGUUUACACCGCACCUGAAUACGAAAACAACAAAGAUUGUAUAGUUGUUGUACGUAAUGAUCAAUUACCAUAUCACGUGGUACAGGUAGAAUUCGACUACUUCGACAUUGAAGAAUCGGACAACUGUAUCUUUGAUUCCUUGAGAGUUUUAUCUGGAGAAAGAAAUGACUCAGCUUUGCUUGGUGGACCAUACUGCGGUGAAAGUCUACAUGGGCGAACUUUUCUCACUCGCGGUAACUCUCUUCGCCUUGAAUUCAAAACAGACGUUUCAUUUGCCCUAAAAGGAUUUCAAGCAAAAAUUUCAUUCGUACCAAAUACAGAAUGCAUAUGUAAUGGAAAUAAGAUGUGCAUUCGCCAGGACUUUGAGAAAAAAUGUAUUCGCGGACAGAAGUGUGAGGCAAAUAGCUGUCAAAAUGGUGGAACGUGCAUAAAAACGGGUUCUGAAGCGACAUGUUACUGCCCUAAACGUUUCCAAGGAGAAGAUU